UUUUUCUUUUUUACAAUUACAUUCACUUCAUUGUGCACUACGCUUUUGACUCUUAUAACUCUUUAUUCAUUCGCAUAAAUUAAACAGUCUUUUCCUCAUCCAUCCUCUGAACAAGCACAGCAGCAAGAGUAGCUACAAAGGACAAACAUUAGUCAAUAUGUCUUUUGCAGAUUUGGAAAGAGGCGAAGGUGGUGGCUUCAGACGCACAGGAGCAACUGGCCCUACUCCGCUUGGGAACAAUGGCAAUGGCGAGAAUAACAAUAGCAGCAAUAAUAAUAGCAAUCGAUGGAACCGUCAAGCUUCUAAUCAACAGACAUCAGCAGCAGCAUUCAGUGCAAGAGUGAGUCAAAUUUCACAGCAGGUCUUUCGGAUUUCUUCCAAUGUGUCAACAAUACAGCGUCUUGUAGGAUUUCUUGGCACAAAUAAGGAUACGGAGGAUGUGCGCAACAAGCUACAUGAUGUAACUGAACAGACACGAGUGCUUGUCAAGGAUACCAGCCAAGAUAUCAAAGAUCUAUCUAAACUCGAUAACACACAUGGAAAAAAACUGGAGCACAACAAAUUGUCCAAAGAUUUUCAGAAGGUGAUUGUUGAGUUCCAGAAGGUGCAGCGUGUGUCAGCAGAAAAACAGCGCGAAUUUAUGGAUCGUGCUCGACAAAGCAAUGUUCGUAAUGAUUAUGAGGAUGAGGAUCGAAGUGAAACUGGUGAACAGCCAUUGAUUAAUGACUCUCAACGGCGGAUGCAGCUCAUGGUCGUUGAUAAUGAAUUAGAAUACAAUGAGUCUUUGAUUGUUCAGCGUGAAGAAGAGAUCCGAGAGAUUGAACAAGGAAUCACUGAGUUGAACGAGAUCUUUAGAGAUCUUGGUACCAUGGUGAAUGAACAAGGCAGCAUGCUCGACUCGAUCGAAAACAACGUCACUUCAAUCAGUAUGAGUACACAAUCAGCCUCUGAGGAAUUGACAACAGCUGCAAUCCACCAGAAAAAUGCACGUAAAAAAUCAUGCUAUUUACUCCUUAUUGUAUCAGGAGUCCUGGCUAUUGUAUUGAUAGCAGUAUUAAGCUAGAUAUAUCAAUGAAUAUAUAAUGCCAUGUCAUGAAGGAAG